AUGGAUAGUUUAUACACUAAUUUCUUGCGGUUUCCUUCGCUGAUUCAUGCCAACGCUAAGCCCUCACAUUUUGAAAAUGAAAUGGCAUGGCGGUUUUCCAAAGCAGAUAUACGUUUGCAUACUGGUUAUGCUGAUUUUCGUUAUGGUGCGUUUGUCCCUCGUUGGAAAGUACAAAAUUUUUUGACACAAUUAGGAAAAUCAGGUUUCGACAAAGAGAAACUAAGGCAGGCAGAUCACUAUUUUUCAAUUUGGACGAAUCAGUAUCCAUGGUUAUUGAGCAAUCCGCCUUAUAUGGCAAAGGGCGGAACUAAAGCUACAGAUGGAGAUAUCGCUUAUUUGAGUACUUUAGAUCACUAUACCUAUGAUGCUGUCCGCCACUUAUCAAGGAGUUUAACGGCACAUCAGUCAGAAGCCCCUCAGGAUUAUUUUGAUCGACGAGAAGAAGUCCCACCAUUGGUUUAUCGUGAUGUACGCUCUUCUUGUGCUAAUGAUCGGUGUCUCUUUAUGACCAAUUUAGAUCCUUUCGUAAAACCUACAGAUAUUGAUUUCGAUUACCGCAAUAUCACGUCUAUCUUAGCAUGGGAGAAGGCCUAUGCAAAAUUAUCGACAAUACCCAACUCUAUCGAAUGGGACGAGUUUUCCUAUCACCAGGCUGUGGACAAUGAUCCCAAUACUUGUUGGCAUACUAUUCGAACUCCUAAAAAGCAUGAUUAUUUUGGUCUUAUGUUUGUUGGCAGCACUCGUUCUGAUAAAGUAACACUAUAUACCACGAAUGAUCUUUUAAAGCAGAAAUAUCAUCCUGAAAAACAGUUUUCAAUAUCGGUAUUACAAAAUGAUGACACCUGGAUUCAAUGUAAAUUGACAAUGAUAGACAACAACAAUAGCCUGAAAGCCACUAAAACAGGAGCAGCUUUGAAUAACGUACAACGCGUAACAUUCAAUUUAAACUGCCCCAAUAUCAAAUAUUUUAAGGCUCUUAAAGUCACCUUCCUGAGAGAUCAAAAAGAACCAUUUGAAAUAUGUGGUCUAACGCUAGACAAUGUAUCUGUUUAA